AAACAAAGAAACGUCAAACUUUCUCACAGUCUACCUUUGUCCGAGUUCCUUCCAGCUAGCAAAAUGUUUCCCUAAACAUCGAUUCCCGUGAAAAAAGAGGCUCAAACAUGGACAAACUGACCACAAUCAGCGCGGCGCUCUUCAUGGCGGCCGACGUGUGCGCCAUCGUCAGCCUGGCCAUGCCGGAUUGGAUCGUGACCAGCGUUGGAGGCGAAACCCGACUCGGUCUGAUGUGGACCUGCAUGACGCUGUACAACCGGCCGCAGGUCUGCUUCACGCCGGAACUCCAACCGGAGUGGCUAAUCGCACUGAUCUGCAUCUUCGUGGGGUGUAUCUGCAUUACGACGACGAUAAUUCUGCUCGCGUCCAGCAACUGGGACCGGAACGUGAUCCCGUACGCGCGAUGGGUUGGAUUCACUGCCAUGGUUCUGUUCUGCCUGGCCGCCGUCAUCUUCCCGCUGGGCUUCCAUGUGGACGAGAUUGGAGGUCAGCCGUACCACCUGCCCCACUCGCACCAGGUCGGGAUCUCCUACAUCAUGUUUGUGCUGGCGCUCUGGAUUACGGUGAUAUCGGAACUGUUUGCGGAGAAGGUUUGUCUGCCACAGUUUUAGAGUCGCGGGGGAUGAUACCAAAUCAAAUUGUGCACAGUAUUUCUCAUUAGCCGGGUGAUCUAUAGUUUCUAGUAAGUGGAAUUGAUUUUAUUUGAAUUCUUCGUUUAGUAUAAGCAUGAUAGUCGUAAUAUUCGGGAAUAAAUGUGUGAUAUUGUAUGA